CUUUGGAUCUUCCAUCAGACCUCUGUGCCCUCCUUUCUUUCCAAGCGCCAUCGAGUCGAUGUAAACAAGAUUAAAAUUGGAGACGGACGGCGACCCAAAUCAUAUUUAUCCACACGGCACGCCAGCACCAGUGAGAGCGGAAGCGGAGCAGCACCCAGACGCGCCAUGGAGACAUGGCAAAUCUUCCUCGGCGUGAUCCUCUUCGCCCUCCCGCUGACCCUCCUCCUUUUCCGCAGCCGUAAGACCGGCGGCGGCGGCACCCGGCGGCCCAUCCCGCCUGGCCCGCCGUCCUUUCCGGUGCUGGGCAGUAUGGUGUGGCUGACCAACUCGCCCGCCGACGGGGAGUCCCUCCUCCGGCGUCUGUUCGCGCGGUACGGUUACAUAGUGUCGCUGCGCGUGGGCUCCCAGCUCUCCAUCUUCGUCGCCGACCGCCGCCUCGCGCACGCGGCGCUCGUCGAGCGCGGUGCCGCUCUGGCCGACCGCCCUACCCUCGCGUCCGUCAGGAUCAUGGGCGAGAACGACAACACCAUCACGCGGGCCAGCUACGGGCCCGUGUGGCGCCUCCUCCGCCGCAACCUCGUCUCCGAGACGCUGCACCCGUCCCGCGUCCGACUCUUCGCGCCGGCGCGCUCCUGGGUGCGCCGCGUGCUCCUCGACAAGCUGCGGGACGAGUCGUCAUCCGGCGGGGCGGCCGUCGUGGAGACGUUCCAGUACGCCAUGUUCUGUCUCCUGGUGCUCAUGUGCUUCGGCGAGCUGCUCGACGAGCCCGCGGUGCGCGCGAUCGCCGCCGCGCAGCGCGACCAGCUGCUCUACAUCACCGGGAAAAUGGCCGUCUUCGCGUUCUUUCCGUCGCUCACAAAGCACCUCUUCCGCGACCGCCUCCGGACCGCGCACGCCAUGCGGCGGCGGCAGAAGGAGCUGCUCGUGCCGCUGAUCAACGCGCGGCGGGAGUACAAGAGCAGCGGCGGCGAGCCCAGAAAAGAGACGACGUUCGAGCACUCGUACGUCGACACCCUGCUCGACAUCAAGCUCCCCGAGGAGGGCGACCGCCCGCUCACAGACAACGAGCUUGUCAUCCUCUGCUCCGAAUUUCUCAACGCCGGGACAGACACCACCUCCACCGGGCUGCAGUGGAUCAUGGCCGAACUGGUCAAGAACCCAGCAAUCCAGGAGAAGCUCUACGAGGAGAUCAAAGCCACGACGGGAGACGACCAAGAAGAGGUCUCCGGGGACGACAUCCACAAGAUGCCCUACCUCAAGGCGGUGGUUCUCGAAGGCCUCCGGAAGCACCCGCCGGGGCACUUCGUGCUGCCGCACAAGGCGGCGGAGGACAUGGAGAUCGGCGAUUACCUGAUACCCAAGGGCGCCACGGUGAACUUCAUGGUCGCCGAGAUGGGCCGGGACGAGCGGGAGUGGGAGAAGCCGUUAGAGUUCUCUCCGGAUCGGUUCCUGCCGGGCGGCGCGGGCGAGGGGGUGGACGUGACGGGCAACCGGGAGAUCAAGAUGAUGCCGUUCGGCGUGGGCCGUAGGAUCUGCGCCGGGCUGGGCAUCGCCAUGCUCCACCUGGAGUACUUCGUGGCCAGCAUGGUGAGGGAGUUCGAGUGGCAGGAGGUCGCCGGCGAGGAGGUGGACUUCGCCGAGAAGAACGAGUUUACCGUCGUCAUGAAGAAGCCGCUGCGUCCCCGACUCGUGCCCCGUAGGUCUUAGAAUAAAGGAACUUCGGCAACUGGCAGUCGUAUCAGUUCGAACGAUUAUUCGCGCUUUCCGUUUAAUAACUCAUGUUGGGAGUGGAUGCUACUUUCAGUUGUUGCUAAUUGAUUCUAUUCUCGAAUAAGAGAGGAUGUAAAUUUAGAGAUAUAAAAUUAAGUGUUGUAUAAUUUACAUUAUAAAAUGUGCAUUUGAUACCAAAAAA